AUGUCGACAAACGAAGUUCUCCCUCCAGCUCUGCCCCCACGCAAGCCGUCGGCACUGCAGCAGCCACAAGAGCCAAUCUCCAGCACCUUACCAUCCGACGGUGAGGACUCGGACUCGGCGAUGUCUACACCACCUCCACUCCCACCUCGAGGGCCUAGGCAGAUCGCCUCUUCGCCUCUCGCUCCACCGUUGGCUUUUCAAGCCGCGCUGCCACUCCAGACCGAGACGAAGGCAGCACCGCACAUCGCCCCACGGCCAAUAUCGGUGGAGAUCACCCCGGCGACACCACAGAUCCUUUCGCCGGUGACACCUCCGUCCACCACUGUCACAGCUGCUUCCGUCACGGUAGCGCGAGAGAUCGACUAUACAGUGCCCGAACCACCAGCUACGGCCACUCUGCCCGGUCCGCCUAUUCGGGAGGAGCUGCCCGAACCUCCCCAUACCGCUCCCCCAUAUCUUACAAUCCCCUCUUCCCCACCACCCGCAGCUUCUUCCGUACCCCCGCCUCUCCCUCGCCGACCUACAAAAGCCGCCGACUCUCCGCUCGUGGUCCCCCUGGCGAUCCCCGAGAGUCUGCCACCCGUGACAACCUGGAUCGCGGUCACGGUCGGUGUGGUCAUUCUGGCCUACUUCAGGAUAGUGCCGCUCUGGCUGAUCCUGCUGGGCGUGGGUGGGGCAGGGGCGACGGUUCAGGCUGCGACAGUGAAAGUGGAGAAUGAGGAGGAUGUGCGGGUAUUGGGGAAAGAUAGGGCGGAUAUGAAGCAUGCUGUGGGAUGGGUAAAUCACCUUCUCUACGCUCUCUUUCCGCUCAUCUCCACCGACGUCCUCACUCCCUUUAUCGACCUCCUCGAAGAUGCCCUUAUCCAGCAGAUUCCCCCUAUCGUCACCUCAGUCCGGCUCGAGGCUCCCGCACUAGGCAGCCAGCCCCUCCUUCUCACUUCUCUUCGAGCCAUGAGCGACGAGGAGUGGUUCGCAUCCGUCUCGAAGCCUGGCCCAUCUUCCAAGACUGCAGCCGGUACACCGGAAGUCAAAGCACACCGAAAGAGCGUGAGCGGGCGGCAUUUGGGGGACAUGUUGAAGGGCAGUAGGAGAGGGAAGAGCGACGGGGUUGCGGCUGGGCCUUCAGAAGGGAUGGGGAGAUCGAGGAGCGCAUCUGGAAGCAGUCUGACGAGCGCAGUGGAUGUAGGGGAUGGUCGGCACGAGGCGGAUAAGCGGAGGCGGCGGGAUCGAGUCCUGCGGCGUGUCAAGAGGACGUUCAAGGACCACCCCACCGGCGAUAGUCCGGACUCCCCCACUCUCAUAUCUCCCUUGCACCAUGACGAUGACAUCGACGCGGACGAGGAGGAAGAUCCGCAAGAAGCAGGCCAAUACGUCAACUUCCAAAUCGGCUUCUCGUACGCUCGGCCCGAAUCGACCAAGCACCGAAAGGGGUAUGGUCUGCACGUCCUGGGCUACUUUGGGAUCGGCGUCAAGGGCCUCGGGAGGACGGAAUUGCCAGUCUAUAUCGAUAUGCUGGCGAUCAAGGGGACGAUCAAUGUUCGGAUCCUACUAUCCGCUACUCCGCCCUUUGCGAGCACGGCGACGAUCAGCUUCCCGAGAUUGCCGGAGUUCGAUAUCUCGGCGAAACCGCUUACAAGGUCGACGUUUAACGCGAUGAGUCUGCCGGGGAUGAAGCCUUAUGUACAAGCGUCCAUAGCGGAUGUCGCUCGCACGUUUGUACGGCCGGAGUCCUACACGCUCGACGUGGAUCGGCUACUUCUCGGUCGAGAAGCAGCAUUCAGGACGACCAGUAUUGGGGUCCUGCAUAUCAUCAUCCACUCGGCGGAGGGGUUGCCAAAGGUGGACACAAUGGGCACGUGCGAUCCGUAUGUCGCCGUCGGGUUUGCCAAGUACCACAAGCCAAUGUUCAGCACGCGGACAAUCAUCGAUAAUCAGAACCCAACAUGGGAAGAGCCUGCAUUCGUGCUGGUCACAUCCGACGAGGUCGAGUCAGGCGAGAGCCUCCGUUUGCGCAUUUGCGACGCCGACCGCUUCUCUGCCGAUGAUGCCGUCGGUAUCGUAGAGGUCGAGCUCGCCGACCUUCUCGAUAUCGCUUCUUCCUCGCCCCAUUCCGACCCCAUCCGUCGCAAUGACGCCCUCAAGUCCGACAAGCCCGGUAUGCGCGUCUCUGGCUCCCUGACCUGGUCGGUCCGCUUCGCGCCGCUCUGGCAUCUCCCGCCAGAAGAGGCUCGGCGGCGCGUCGAAGAGCAUCGAAAGCUAGGCAAAAGAAAAGGAGACUGCGAUGAGGCGGCGCCCUGGUGGUUUGACUGGGUGGAGCGAGUUGUGGGAGAGAAGCCUGAAUGGGUCGGCGAGCGGUCUGAGCGGAAUAAAGAGACGGCCAAGUGGUUUUUGGGCGAGAGGGAGAAGGAUGAGAUGGAGGUCAUGGAUAAGCCGGCGGAGGGGUAUCGGAGUGGGGUGCUACAGUUCCAUAUACAUCAAUGUGUCGAUCUGGAGGUGGAAAGUAUAGACGGGACGUACUCGGCCUCUUCCUCGGCGCGAAAGUCGGCUGCAGGGGGCCGACCGGCUCUCGCGGACCUCACCGAUCGUACUGCCGCCGAAAACCCCGAUCCGCCAUCCUCGUACGUCGAAGUACAUCUCAACGACCGGAUGGUCUUCCGUACCCGAACGAAACAAGUCACGCCCCUCCCGUACUUUAAUGCAGUGAGCGAGCGGUUCUUGCGUGAUUGGCGGUCGGCGAAAUUGGUGUUCGUGGUAAGGGACGAGAGAGAUCGGGAGCAUGAUCCUAUUCUAGGUAUCGUCACGUUGAGGCUGGAGGAGGCUUUCAAGGAGCGCAGCCAGUUCACCAGGUGGUACCCCCUCGUGGGCGGACUAGGGUGGGGCCGAAUCCGCAUCUCCCUGCUCUGGAAACCUAUCGACAUCCACCUACCACCCCGGGUCUCCGCAUUCGAGAUUGCCACCCUCGAGAUCAAGUCGUUGGCCGCAACGGACCUGUCGCACCUAGCGGACAAGAAGGGCAUCUCGGUCCUGCUCGAGACGGAGGCAGACAAGUUCGUCUUGGGGUCAGAUACGUCGGAUACGCCCACCAGUAAUCGGAACUCGCUCGCCCUUUCCCCUUCGCGCCCGUCAACCUCCUCUCCCCGCUCGCCUGGUUUCGGACCCGGAUCUGCCGGUCCACCCUCGCCUGGUAUUGAUGGCGCAGCAGCAGAAGAUGGCGAGAUGGAGUGGGAUAUCACCCGCCCCAUCCGCUUGGCGGUGGAGUAUCGCCAUUCCUGCUCGGUCCUCGUGUCAUUCAUCACCCGGCAUGGCGUCAUGCGCAAGAAGCGCGUUGUCGGGCUCGCCAGUGUCCGCUUGAACGAGGUGGAGGACAAUACGGACCUUAUGCGGACAGUACCCAUCUUCGCGACGUCGUCCGUCAAGGACGCGAUCGUAGCGGGACAGGCGUACGCCGAGGUCCAAGCCAACAAGGAUGGGGUCCCGCUCGUCAGGGCGCCAACGAGAGAGGUGCCCAUUCUGGGCUUUGUUUCGCUCGGUCUGGCGCUGAGGCCAGGGGUAAGUAGGGCGCACAGGAAGUUGGCAAAGAAGGAUAUGCGGUUCAAUAAGGUGUACGAAGCGUGGGAGGCGGAUAGGGAUGUCCGGAAAGAGCUGGGUGUGGGACGAGAUACGGCGAGGAUAGAUGAAGAGGAUGAGGGGAGUAGUGGGGAGGAGACGGAUAGUGAUGGUGAGGAUGAGGGAGCUGAGAGAAGGGUCAAGAGGACACCGAGCGGGAGGAGUGUCGCUGGGGCGAGUGCUAUGAGUGCGAGAAGUGUGGGCGAUGAGGAUAGCGAUGAGGGAUUCAUGAGUAAAAGUCGAGCGCACCAGAAGGCUCUGCAUAAACGCCAUAAAGGCAUCUUCCAGCUGAAAAUCGCGCGGACGGGUAAAUUCGUCAAGGACAAGAUUGAAGCCAAGCUGUAUGCCCGGGCGACGGAUCGGCGUAUCCGAGGGGCGGACUUGGAUGUCGAGCAGGAGGGCCAGUCCAGAUUGUAG